CGACUGCUGUGGCCGCGGGCCCCUCGGGGUACCCGGGUCUGGGCUCCAGGCUGCGGCCCCGGCGGCGAUCGUGGCCUUUUUGGCUGGGGCGAGGAGAAGGCGCCGGGGAGGCGGCAGUGCGGCCGGCCCAGAACUGGGGCUUGGAAGGAGCGUAGGAAGCGGCCCUGGGCCUCUGGCUGCGUCCGGGUGUCCUCAGCGUCCCUUCCUGCCUCUGGAGCCGCAGGCAGGGUGCUUCUGAGGAGGGAGCAUGCUCACAUUCAUGGCCUCUGACAGUGAGGAAGAGGUGUUCGAUGAACGGACAUCCUUGAUGUCAGCCGAGAGCCCCACAUCACACCCCUGCCAAGAGGGCAGGCCAGGCCCGGAGGAUGGAGAGAACACUGCCCAGUGGAGGAGCCAGGACAGCGAGGAAGACUGUGAGGAGGACCCAGACCCGUAUGCCUGCAGUGGGGUUCCUGGGCGGCCGCCGGGUCUGGAAGAAGAGCUAACCCUCAAGUAUGGGGCGAAGCAUGUCAUCAUGCUGUUUGUGCCUGUCACACUGUGUAUGAUUGUGGUGGUAGCCACCAUCAAGUCCGUGCGCUUCUACACAGAGAAGAAUGGGCAGCUCAUCUACACACCCUUCACUGAGGACACGCCCUCAGUGGGCCAGCGGCUCCUCAACUCUGUGCUGAACACCCUCAUCAUGAUCAGCGUCAUUGUGGUCAUGACCAUCUUCCUGGUGGUACUCUACAAGUAUCGAUGCUACAAGUUCAUCCACGGCUGGCUGAUUAUGUCCUCGCUGAUGUUACUGUUCUUGUUCACCUACAUCUACCUUGGGGAAGUACUCAAGACCUACAACGUGGCCAUGGACUACCCCACACUCUUCCUGGCCGUCUGGAACUUCGGAGCAGUGGGCAUGGUGUGCAUCCACUGGAAGGGGCCGCUGGUGCUGCAGCAGGGUUAUCUCAUUAUGAUCAGCGCACUCAUGGCCCUGGUGUUCAUCAAGUACCUGCCAGAGUGGUCUGCCUGGGUCAUCUUGGGUGCCAUCUCUGUGUACGAUCUUGUGGCUGUGCUGUGCCCCAAGGGACCACUAAGGAUGCUGGUGGAAACUGCCCAGGAGAGAAAUGAGCCCAUAUUUCCUGCCCUGAUAUACUCAUCUGCCAUGGUGUGGACAGUGGGCAUGGCAAAGCUGGAUCCCUCUUCUCAAGGAGCACUGCAGCUCCCCUAUGACCCAGAGAUGGAAGAAGACUCCUAUGACAGUUUUGGGGAGCCCUCAUACCCCGAAGCCUUUGAAGCCCCCCUUCCUGGCUACCCAGGAGAAGAGCUGGAAGAAGAGGAGGAAAGGGGUGUGAAACUUGGCCUGGGAGACUUCAUCUUCUACAGCGUCCUGGUGGGCAAGGCGGCAGCCACUGGCAACGGAGACUGGAACACCACACUGGCCUGUUUUAUCGCCAUCCUCAUUGGUUUGUGUCUGACUCUCCUGCUGCUUGCUGUGUUCAAGAAGGCCCUGCCCGCCCUCCCCAUCUCCAUCACCUUCGGGCUCAUCUUCUACUUCUCCACAGACAACCUGGUGCGGCCUUUCAUGGACACAUUGGCUUCUCACCAGCUGUACAUCUGACGGGAGACGGGGUGUGGCUCUGAGGGCUGUAGGAAGCUUCUCUGGAUGCAGGUGUUUAGCUUUCCACUCUAGUGCCAUAUAUAUAUUUUUUUAAAACAACUUUUCUUUCCUUACAAAAAAAGAAAUUUAAAAAGUGUCGUGUUUACUUCGUGACGAGGAAGCAGAAGCUGCUCUUUGGUGCUAGCAGUCUUGUCACCAGACUGUGGCUUCCCUGCCAGAGUGUCUCUAACAUCAGUGGGAUGCUCAGCACGUUAUCUUCAGGGAUGAGGUCACGGGUGUGGAGCAGGUCUGUUAACCUCCAGGGUUGAACAGAAGGACAUGUGCGUCAGUGGGGACCAGGAGGCAUGGUCAGAGAGGGACACUAAGUGCCAUCACCCUGACCAGAGGAGAAAAGCCAGUUUGCAGUCAUGGAUGUGCUUUGUUUGUGAUGUCUCUAUUACUUUAGUACCUUUAGAAGCGAGUUCUGUUCUUAUGACAACAGUGGCUGCUGGGAAGUGGCUUAAUAUCAAUACCAAUAAAUAGAUGCUCCUGUUGGAA